AGGCGGGUAGCAAUGGCUUUGGAGGCGAAAAUCGCUGCAUUGUUCUGAGACCACAAAACGAGCGCAAGUUGGAAGACCUGCAAAACAGCAACAGCAUUAGCAUAGAAAAUUUGUCCAGAGUCAAAGUCUUCGGCUCGGAAUCGAAAUUUUUUGAGUGCAGUCCCCAUCUCAAAAUUCAUCUCUGCUUUUAAUUACCGGAGGCAUGGACAAAUUCAGCUAAUCAGACGCAAGGAAGAAGUCAUGCUCAUGCACCAUCUUACUGCAAUCGCCGCCCUCUAUUUGUGCUUCCCCUUUUUUUGCACCGCUCAGGUGACCACCAACAACACACCCGCAGGCGCCGACCCUUGCCAGACUCCCGGCAGGUGUGGGCCCUUCGGCGUCUGCUACCAAAGAGACAACCCGAUUUGCUCUUGUUUGCCCGGAUUCCUUCCCCGCUCCGGCAACUCGACCAGCGGCUGCCAGAGGAUCGACGAUUUGAACUGUGUUAACGGCACCACCACCGACGAAUUCCUCAAGGUUCAGAUGAUGAUUGUCACCGUCAACGGGGAUUGGCUCUCCGGCUCUGAAUCUCAGUGCAAAACCCGAUGCAGCACCAACUGCUCCUGCCUUGCCUACGGCUUCGACGGCGGCCGCGGUUGUCGCUUGUGGAGUGGUUCCUUAAACGACAUUCAGAAAUUCCCCACCGACUCCGGCUCCAAUCUCUACAUCCGCCUCGCUAAAAUAGAUCAAAACAAAAACUCUAAGAAGACUAUCAUCAUUGUAGUCGCUGUGGUUUCCUUUAUCGUAUCUAUCUGCGGAUAUGUUUCUUGGAAAUGGAUUGCUGCCCGCAGAGGGAAAAAGAGAGCUAUUCAGCUUGAAAAACAAGAUGAAUAUUUUCCAGCCGACUCAUCUCUUCAAGAUGUGUUAAGUCAGGUUAAUCUUGAAGAGUUGCCACUGUUUAAAUUUGAGACACUUGCAAAUGCUACAAACAACUUUUUUGAUGGCAGCAAGCUUGGGAAGGGCGGUUUUGGUUCUGUUUAUAAGGGAGAGUUGUUUGAUGGGAGAGAGAUAGCGGUUAAGAGGCUUUCGCAGGCAUCUACGCAAGGGAUGCAAGAAUUUAUGAACGAAUUGGUGCUGAUUUCUAAACUCCAACAUAGGAAUCUAGUUAGACUAAUUGGGUGUUGUAUUGAGAAUAAAGAGAAGAUGCUGAUAUAUGAGUACAUGCCUAAUAAAAGCUUGGACUUUUUCCUAUUUGAUCAUUCACAACAGAUUCUAGAUUGGACAAAGCGUUUCAAUGUGAUCCAAGGUAUCUGUCGAGGCCUGCUUUAUCUCCACCGGGAUUCAAGAUUGAAGAUAAUCCAUCGAGACCUCAAGCCCAGCAACAUAUUGUUGGAUAAUGAUUGGAAUGCAAGAAUUUCAGACUUUGGCAUGGCCAGAAUAUUUGGGACAACACGGGAUCAUGUCAGUACCUUGAGAGUGGUAGGCACAUACGGUUAUAUGGCUCCUGAGUAUGCACUGGAAGGAAAAUUCUCAGAAAAAUCAGAUGUUUUUAGCUUUGGAGUUCUGAUGCUAGAGAUUACUACAGGGAAAAGGAACAAAGCCUACCUUGAAGAUGGCUCUUUGAAUCUCUUGGGACAGGUGUGGAAUUUCUGGAAUGAGGACAAUAUCUCAGCGUUGAUAGAUACAAGGAUAUCGAGCUUGAGCUACCGUGCAGAAGUGAUUAGGUGCAUCCAUAUUGGGCUAUUGUGUGUCCAACAAUUUGCUAGAGACAGGCCAUCUGUUUCUGCAGUCUUGUCAAUGCUGAGCAGCGAAAUAUCACAGCUUCCUCAACCAAAGAUACCUGCAUUUGCAAUAAAAUCGAACCAUUCUGAUACAGGUACGAGUUCUUCCCAGCUCAGUAGAUCAUCCAACAACAAUGUCACUCUCACGGAAGUUGAUGGCAGAUGAUGCUGUAUUAAAAUAGUGGAAUCGAAAGCCUUUCCAAAUUCAUGCUAUAAAAUGUAUAGAAUUGUCUGUUGGGUUGGGUAUCUUUUUCUUUUUAUGUCCAAUUUUUGUAAGUAAAGGUCUAAGGACUUGUGAGUAUAAACUAGUAGUAGUACUCCUAUAAUUUAUUAAUAAAUCAUUCUUUUGGCA